GAGUUAGUGUUAGAGGGUGUAGACGACGACGGACUGCAAUCACGACCGAAUUUGCCGACGACGACGCGGCAGUAGCCAGAGGAGUUCCAUCACGUCCGACAAAGUCCCAAAAUUGCUGCUGCUAUUUUCGGUGGAUUGAAUUGUGUUUUUUUGUUGGUUCGAGAUUGGAUCCGGACACUUGCGGAAAUUUGCUUGAAAUAUUGCUACAGUAUUGCACGGCUUCAGUCACACCAGCAGCAGCAGUUGAGUGAUAUCUCAGGGGGAGGGCCGUGUUGUGACGAGGUACCAACUACAGGCAGGAGGUACAUCUUUGACUGAGUGACUAAAAGGUGCAGCAUCCGAGCGGCAGAACAGGAUGGGACUCAAGGACUGUGAAAUUGAGCUGGACAACCCGUACAACACGUAUUACGCUGGCCAGACCGUGAACGGGAAAGUUACGUUCACCUUCGAUUCGCCGAAGAAAGUUCGAGGAAUCGUGAUAAAGUUCGCCGGUGAAGCGGAAACCAAGUGGAGCCAAACCGAAACGAAAACCGAUCAGGAGGGAAAGCAGUACGAAAGUACGACGAACCUGACCGGCCAGGAAGAGUACUUCCAAAUCCAGUACUAUCUGUUGGGCGGUAAAAACAGCAAAGAAAUCGAACUGGAAGCGAAAAGUCACACGUAUCCGUUCACCUGUGCUCUUCCGCCGACACUUCCGUCCUCAUUCGAGGGAGAAUGGGGCUUCGUGAGGUAUACGAUAAAGGUCACGCUGGAUAGGCCGUGGAAGUUUGAUCAGGACUUGAAGAUGGCGUUUACCGUCAUUUCGCCGGUUGAUCUCAACCAGAAUCCAAGGGUAAAGGAUCCAUUCAAGCUGGAGCUGGAGAAGACGUUCUGCUGCUUUUGCUGUGCCUCUGGUCCGCUCAGCCUGAUUAUCCACAUUCCAGUGACGGGAUUCGUUUCCGGUCAGACGAUUCCGCUGACGAUCGAGUGCGAUAACGCUAGUAACGUUGGGGUUGAAUCGGUUAAGCUGACCAUGCGCAAGCUGCUGGCCUUCCACGUGAUGACUCCACGUCGUGAGACCAAAAAGAAAAAGGAAGUCAUCUCGGAAAUCUCCGUCGGUCCGGUCGAGGGUGGCAACAGCCAAACCUGGAGCCAGCACAUUCAAAUUCCUCCACUGCCACCGUCCAACCUCGUCAACUGUGGCAUCAUCGACGUCGAUUACGACAUCAAGGUGGAAGCUGUGGUGUCCGGGCCGCACGCCAACCUGGACGGAAACAUCCCGAUUGUGGUGGGAACGGUUCCGUUGGCGUCGUUCCAGCCUCCGCCGCCAUACACUGACAAUCCUCCGAUUACGGACGACCCGUCGAUGCUGCCAACCCAACCGGUUAGCCCGGCCAGCCCACCAAACGGCACUGGUGGUGCCCUGGGCUGGAACAUUGCCGGUUCGGAAAAUCCGUACCCCAACAUACCGCCGCCAACAUUUGCGGAAGCCACAUUCAGGGCGCCAAACAUUUCGAAUAAAAAUGACAGCGAGUUCACUCGAUUUGUUGGCCCGGCGGAUUAUGCCCCGCGGUAUCCGACGUAUGCGUUCGCUCCGUCCGCACCCCCGGCUGAUUUGUAGAUCAUCAGUUUAAAAUUUGGAAUUGUUUGAUUGUUUUGUUGUACCCCAAAUAGAAGGUACAUAUUUUUCGAAACAUCUCUGUUACCACUCACUUUCAAUCAAAUCACAUCAAAAAGAAUUCUCAAAAUGAGCAAAAGAACAAUCACCGUAAUCUGUUACAUUUGAAUUAAUUUCACAAUUUUUUAAGAAACGCACAGCAACAAAACUGAAACUGAAAGAUAUUUUUUUGAAAAACAACAUCCUACCAUAAAUUGCAUGUAAGAAUAUAAAUAAACUAUACAAGAAACAUAUAUAUAUUUUAACAAACUUCUUCACGACGUGUCAAAAAGCACGUGGUGCUCUAAGCUUACCGAUUAAUCAAGGUGCAUAUUCUACUGGCUAAUACUUAUCUCUGCCUUACACCUCUUCAUAAUAAUAAAACGCGUAGAGAAUUCAACUAUAGAGUCAUACAUCACAAAUAAGUAGUUACUUUUUUUCAUUUUACGAUAAAUCCGCGCCGCAGGAAUAAAAAGAACACGACGUCAAACUGAAAAGAAGACUGUCUCGUACUGCCCAUGAUCGCAUAAAUGUCCCAUAUGCAUUUUCAUCACUUUUGAGUUAAUGAUGCAGUUUGGUUCAAAAUCGUGUGCUCUUUCUAAAGAGCCUAUAACAUCCAGUACUUUGUUCUAGAAAUCGGGAGGAAAUCCAGUUUUUUCGUGAAAACUUAACACGUAGCCUUAUGUGUGGGACAAACUUGCCUUGCGUUUUUCUCAGCUUGCUGUUUUUGCAUAUGGGACAUUUAUGCGAUCAUGGGCAGCGUAGUACAUUGAAUAGAGUGCCUAGCUGUGGAAGUAUUGCCAAAACCCGAAAGUCAACAAAUAGCGUCUGCUGAAAAUCCGACAAUUUAAGGAAGAAAUGAGAGAAAACAAAAUACACGUGAAUUUACUCUGUUCGAUCGUUGCUAUCAGCCAUGCAAGAAUGAUCUUGUAAAAAAAUGCAAAGCUUGUGGAAGAAUAAAAUGUGCUUGCAUGUUGUGCUUCUUUUUUAUUAUUUGCUGUAAACUUCUUUAAAACAUAAAAAUAUAGCAUUUCUAAACAGA